AUGGGCAUCAUCUCCAGCUGCUGCUCCCACGAUGCCAGCGUGGAAGCAGAGGAGAACAAGUCGACGAUGAAGAAGGAACCGUCGCCGACCAAAGCAGACGCCACGGAAAUGGCCGUGGCGCCUGCGGCCUCCCGGGAGAAAGAGCGGAUGAUGGAGAAGUCCGCCAAUGUGACAGCGAGCGGCUCCGAAUACGAGAUCACCCUGGACAAGAGCACGGGCAAAAGGUUGGGCAUCGAUGUGGAUCAUAAGGAUGGAAAGACACUACUCAUUGAAUGCAUCAAUGAAGGUCUGGUGAAGGCCGUGUCUGCUGCAGCGCUGCUGCCAGGGAGUUUUGAGUGGUCUCGACAUGCACUUCCCAGCAAACUGAGUCGGUUGCCGGGCCGGCUGGCAGUGGUUCUGGCGCAGUCGCCCGAGAAGGACUUCCUCCGAUCCCUCCGCAGAGGCCAUGGUCAAGUCUUCACCAUUGCAAUGGACGAGGCUUUCGCCCAUUGCCCUGCUUCGCGACUGGCUGCUUUCGAUGCGGGAGCCCGCAUGGUCACCUCGUCGGUCGCUGCUGUAAAGGAAGCACUGGCCAAGGUCUCUGCGGUUUUCAGCAGUUCCGGACCCUUCGCUUGCACGGCGUGCGGACUCAGCCCGCUGUCGGAGAAUGCGCUGCACUUGCACAUGCACUUCCACCAUGCCGUUGAUUCCGUGUCGGAGGCCCUUGGAAUUCAAGCCGCAAGAACGAAGACAAGGCUGCCUCCAAGCCGAAAUACAGCGGACGAAGGAUCCGUGCCCAAUUUGUGCAGAGCGGCCGUCGAAUUUGGCCGUUCACCUUCACAACAGCCAUGGUCCGCCGGCAGAGCGGGAGCCGCCAAGGGCUCCCUAUGCGACAUUCGCAUGGUGCGUUUGCCGUCGACUCGACGGUCGGUUUCUGUGCCCCGGCGCGAAAGCCAGGGAUGUCGCGCUGCAUGA